UUGAAAACUUUGGGGGGGGGGGUGCAAUGACAAAGAUUAUCCUAAGGAACACAAUUCACCAACUUCCAAAUCAGAGGUGUUCUCCACCACAGCAGAUGGACAGACCAGUGAAGGGAUUAACGUCUAUCAGGGUGAGAGAGAGUUCUUUGUCUAUCUAAAAAACGGAUGAGAGAGAGUUCAUGAAGGCCAACAAAUCCCUUGAAAAUUUUUUCUUAGAGCCAAAACCAGUGCUAGCACCAUGCCAAGUGAUGAGGUGGAUAGGAUGGUUAAAGAAGCUGAAACUUUUGCAAAAGGAAGACAAGGAAGAGUGGGAUGCCAUAGAUAGAAAGAACCAAGCUGACUCAGUUUUGUACCAAACUAGAAGCAACAAAAAGAGUUGGGAGACAAUGUUCCUAGUUGACAAGGAGAAAGUAGAGGCUAAAGUGAAUGAGGUCAUGGAUGCCAUCCCUGGUGGAUCUACCCAAGCCAUUAAAUAUGCAAUGGCUGUCUUGAAUCAAGAAAUUAUGUAACUGGGGUAGUCAAUGUUGAUGUUGUUGUGUCUUUGAAUUGGAUUGUCUAUUAGCCAUUUUUCAAAUUGACUUCUUUGCAUGGAUGGCAACUAUUGUUUAGCCUUGAAUUAUGUUAAGAGUUGAAAGGGAACUCUUUGAUGUAGAGUUAUUUGGGUGUAUUGGGGUUUGGGUUUGUGAGAGUGGUUCUACACGACCUUUGUACUCUCCAUAUUUGUUAGUGAAACUUUCUCCUUGUCACCGCCCGUGGAUGUAGGCCAAAGGCCGAACCACAUAAAUCCUUAGUGUUCUCUCUGUUGUGUGA